ACAGACACUGUGUCGGGUACAUUAACUCACUGAGCCACAACGGAAGCUCACGUGGAUGGCUUUUAAAACCCUCCAUCAUUCGGCCCCAUCCUAAGAGGUGGUCAAGACUCUUGUUCAGAGUCAGGCUUUGGUCUCAACAGCCUAGGUUCACCUUCUUGCUCUCCCACUUCCCAGUUGGGUAAUCAUGGGUGAGUUACUUAGCUUCCCUGGGAUAAUAAUACCUCACACCUAUACUUAUUUUAAGACCUUAUAAUCGUGCAUGGUCCUUAUGAAUAUACUAAAAACCACUGAUCUGUGUACUUUAAGAUGGUGAAUUUUAUAGAACAGGAAAGUAUCUAAAAAUUAAGCAUGGCGUCUGCCCUAGGAUAGGCUCUUUGAAAACAGAGUGGUGAUUAUCAUUCUUACCAAGGAGAUUUCCCAAGGGCGGGAGCACCUGGCCGGGCACAGGGCAGGUACUCUGUAAACACUGGCAGAACAUUCCAUAAGUAUGUUUGAAGCAUGUCCAAGACAGGUAUGGGGUGGGGGAAUGGAGGGCACAGACAUUCCAAGCCCAGUUUUUCGCUCUUGGGGAAUGGAGGCCGGACUAAUUCCUGGUGGUGACAGGGCCUCAAGGCUAAACCGGAGAGAGGGUGGAGCCCUCCUACCCAGUAACCGCCCACUGCCCUGGGAAUCCCAGCGCCUUUGUUCUGGGUAUCCCAGGUGACAGAACCCAGUCCAGCCAAUCCUGAGCCAUGGCUAAACGGAGAACACUUAACCCUAGAGGAUGAACCUGUUCUUAAUAUUUUUCUUUGACUGGCUGUAUGUGAUGUUCUGGGAAUUGACUUCAAACAAUCGCAACGCCCCGUCAGGCGUCAGGCCCCGCUGCCAAAGCCAGGCCUAGAGGGCGGGGCUUUUCCCGGGCCAGCCUCAGGCUCCAGGCCUCCCCAGACCCCUCCCCGGGGCACAAAGGCGGCUCGGUCCAAACGCUAGGCGGUGGGAGCAGAAGGGGAGAUUCCAGCUCAACAAAGCUGAGACAGGCUGAGGAGGGGCUGUGGGGGAUUUCCUAGAAACCAGCCAAUGUGCGAGGCCCAGGGGAGACGCCACGGAGCUGCAAACCCAGGAACCUCUUGGACAAAGACAUGUUCUCCAAGUCUGACCCAUUAUGUGUCAUGUAUACUCAAGGAAUGGAGAACAAGCAGUGGCGGGAGUUUGGACGCACUGAAGUCAUUGACAACACACUCAAUCCCGACUUUGUGCGCAAAUUCAUCGUGGAUUACUUCUUCGAGGAGAAGCAGAACCUCCGUUUUGACCUAUACGACGUUGACUCCAAGAGUCCGGAUUUAUCCAAACAUGACUUUCUGGGCCAGGCCUUCUGCACCCUGGGAGAGAUUGUGGGGUCCCCUGGGAGCCGCCUGGAGAAGUCCCUCACAAUAGGAGCAUUCAGCCUGAAUUCCAGGACGGGCAAACCCAUGCCAGCUGUGUCCAACGGAAGUGGUCUUUGGAUGGAAAGUUUGAGAACCACUGGUCUGGAAGCCUCCGGUGGUGUCCCAGGGAAGAAAUGUGGCACCAUCAUCCUGUCUGCUGAGGAGCUCAGCAACUGCAGGGAUGUCGCCACGAUGCAGUUCUGUGCAAACAAGCUGGACAAGAAGGAUUUCUUUGGGAAGUCUGACCCCUUCUUGGUGUUCUACCGAAGCAAUGAGGACGGAACGUUCACCAUCUGCCACAAGACUGAGGUCAUGAAGAACACCCUGAACCCAGUCUGGCAAACUUUCUCCAUCCCUGUGAGAGCCCUCUGCAAUGGGGACUAUGAUCGGACCAUCAAGGUGGAGGUAUACGACUGGGAUCGAGAUGGCAGCCAUGACUUCAUCGGGGAGUUCACUACCAGUUACCGGGAGCUGGCCCGCGGGCAGAGCCAAUUCAACAUCUACGAGGUGGUAAACCCAAAAAAGAAAAUGAAGAAAAAGAAAUACGUGAAUUCUGGCACAGUCACACUGCUUUCCUUUGCUGUGGAAUCAGAGUGCACGUUUCUCGACUACAUCAAAGGAGGGACUCAGAUCAACUUCACAGUAGCCAUUGAUUUCACGGCCUCCAAUGGGAACCCCUCGCAGUCCACGUCCCUGCACUACAUGAGUCCCUACCAGCUGAACGCCUAUGCUCUGGCGCUGACCGCCGUGGGGGAGAUCAUCCAGCACUAUGACAGCGACAAGAUGUUCCCUGCCCUUGGCUUCGGGGCCAAACUGCCCCCUGACGGAAGGGUGUCCCACGAGUUCCCACUGAACGGCAACCAGGAGAACCCCUCGUGCUGUGGCAUUGACGGCAUCCUGGAGGCCUACCACCACAGCCUGCGCACCGUGCAGCUCUACGGCCCCACCAACUUCGCCCCCGUGGUCACCCACGUAGCCAGGAACGCGGCCGCAGUGCAGGAUGGCUCCCAGUACUCAGUGCUGCUCAUCAUCACGGACGGGGUCAUCUCCGACAUGGCGCAGACCAAGGAGGCCAUCGUCAACGCUGCCAAACUCCCCAUGUCCAUCAUCAUCAUCGGCGUGGGCCAGGCAGAGUUCGAUGCCAUGGUGGAGCUGGAUGGUGACGACGUGCGGAUCUCCUCCCGGGGAAAGCUGGCCGAGCGAGACAUUGUCCAGUUCGUGCCCUUCAGGGACUACGUGGACCGCACCGGCAACCACGUGCUGAGCAUGGCGCGCCUGGCCCGCGACGUGCUGGCCGAGAUCCCGGACCAGCUGGUGUCCUACAUGAAGGCGCAGGGCAUCCGCCCGCGGGCCCCGCCCACGGCCCCAGCGCGCUCGCCCCCGCAGUCCCCGACCCGCACGCCCCCUGCGUCCCCCCUGCACACGCACAUCUGAGCCUAGUCUGCUCAGAUGGCUGGGGCUUUAGUUCAGUAGAAAGGUAGGCGUGGUGCCCGGAUCCCGCUCCAGUCCACCCAGCCCAGUCUUUGGAACAUGGUGUGCCUGGCAGGCCGCCAGGGGGUGGGGCUUCUGGAGACUCCUUCCCAUAGGGCCCAACCCCUGUCCCCCGACCCCGAGUUUGGGUGGACGGGUGGUGGAGGUGGGCAGCUGGGUCCUGCUCUGCUCUUUUCACUAACACCUGGUUUGGGACCAGCCAGGAAGAUGGUAAUCAGGAUGCCUAGGGUCCCUGUCAGCCACCUGGGUAAUCUCAUCUGAUCCUCUAUCACCCUGAAGCCUGGGCUGAGCCUCCCUCCUCCAGGCCCUUUCUCCUCUCCUCCUCCUGUGGUGUCUACUUCUGUACCUGGCCCCUGACCCCCACCCCAGUAUCUAUCCUGUCUUUAUUUCCAGUGAACCCCGUUGAGGCUGCUGGGUUUGCAGGAAUGCCUGUACAUGUGACCCCCCCCCCCCCACUGAGACCCUUGCAUGCAGUAGGCAUCCUACAGACCCACACCAGGGAGGCUGUGACAGUGGUGGAGGCCACGUGAUGGGCAGGGAACAGAGGUUUUUCAGACAUAGAGUCCUUCCUGGUGCCUCAAGCCCAGUAUGAAGCUGGCUCUGCACACACACAUCCAUAGGCCUCUCCCCAGUCGGGGCCCACAGGCACCUCCACAGUCAGCUUCUGCCUGGAGGCAUCACCUUUUCUCUCCCAGAGGCUGCCCAGGGUACUUUGCACCCAUGCCUUUGCUGCCCACCUAGAGGCCUAGGUGAGAAGCAGCCCAGUUCCAGAACUCUCCACUGCCCCUCUAUCCCAUGGGGAUAGGGGACGAGAGUCCUGGGUUCAAGUCCUGCCUCCAGCCCCUGUCUGCUAUGGGAACCUGAGCAAGGCCCCUCUACCUUCUGGGUCUCAGUUUCCACAUCUGUGAGGCAGAAGUGUUGACCAGAUGGCCCUGGUUUACUUUCAGCUCUGAGGCCCCAAGAGUCCAUUCAUCCCACGCCCAGCUCCCACAUCCCAGUCCUCACUGGUGCAACCCUUCAGGCCGUCUUGGCUCUAGGGUCACCCUGUUCCAUCCCAUCACCCCACAUCCACCCUAGUCCUGCAUCCUUGGGCUCUCGUGUCUGAGCCCCUGUCCCUGCUGUGGGAAAGGUGAGAAAGAUGACCUCAUCCCUGGGCCCACCCAGCCGCCCAGCCUUUACCACAUGGGGAGCAGGUCAUGCAUGCCAGUCCCUCCUGCCGCAUGGGGCACCUCAGCCCACUGACCUUCCCGUGCCUGGGUGGAGGCCAGGCCCUACCCUGUCUGCUGCCAGAUGCUUCUUCCCUUCCUAUCAUGCAUGAUGGUGGUGUUUCUACGCUGUCUGGUCCUGUGCCUGUCUCUGAGACAGUCUCUCUGUGGAAUUUGCCUUAAAUUGACGUAAAUUUGGUUCUUUUACUAAA